AUGGAGCGCUUGUUAGAGCAAGGCCAUGUCAGUAAGUAGGCUCCCACUGUCUGCUCUGAGGCUGUAGCCUUGGGAAUUCUCUUAGCUAAACUGUCUCCUAGAGGCCCUUAUGCUUGAGGGAGCUAGAGAAGAGGAUUGGACUGUCUAGGAUGUAGUCUACUAGUUGAAAUCCUUGUUUACAUGUGAAAUGAUAAAGAAGAUCUUGCCUAGGCUAUUAUCGAAACUCAUACACUACAUGACCCAAAAGUAUGUGGACAGCUGCUCGUCGACCGUCUCAUUCUAAAAUCAUGGGCAUUAAUAUGGAGUUGGUCCCUCCUUUGCUGCUUUAACAGCCUCCACUCUUCUAGGAAGGCUUUCCACUAGAUGUUGGAACUUUGCUGGGGGGACUUGCUUCCAUUCAACCACAAGCAUUAGUGAGGUCGGGCACUGAUGUUGGGUGACAAGGCAUGGCUCGCAGUCGGAGUUCCAAUUCAUCCCAAAGGUGUUCGACAGGGUUGAGGUCAGGGUUCUGUGCAGGACAGUCAAGUUCUUCCAUAACCAAUCUCGACAAACCAUUUCUGUAUGGACCUCGCUUUGUACACUGGGGCAUUGUCAUGCUGAAACAGGAAAGGGCAUUCCCCAAACUGUUGCCACAAAGUUGGAAGCACAUAAUCGUCUAGAAUGUCAUUGUAUGCUGUAGCGUUAAAGAUUUAAGGGGCCUAGCCUGACCCAUGAAAAACAGUCCCAGACCAUUAUUCCUCCUCCACCAAACUCUACAGUUGGCACUAUGCAUUGGGGCAGGUAGCGUUCUCCUGGCAUCCGCCAAACCCAAAUUUGUCCGUCGGACUGCCAGAUGGUGAAGUGUGAUUCAUCACUCCUGAGAAAGCGUUUCCACUGCUCUAGAGUCCAAUGGCGACGAGCUUUACACCACUCCAGCCGAAGCUUAGCAUUGCGCAUGGUGAUCUUAGGCUUGUGUUCGGCUGCUCGGUCAUGGAAACCCAUUUCAUGAAGCUCACGACGAACAGUUAUUGUGCUGACGUUGCUUCCAGAGGCAGUUUGGAACUGUAGACGAUUUUUACGCGCUACGCGCUUCAGUGGUCCCAUUCCGUGAGCUUGUGUUGCCUAUCACUUUGCGGCGGAGCUGUUGUUGCACCUAGAAGUUUCCACUUCACAAUAACAGCACUUACGGUUGACCGGGGCAGCUCUAGCAGGGCAGAAAUUUGACGAACUGACUUGUUGGAAAGGUGGCAUCCUAUGUCGGUGCUACGUUGAAAGUCACUGAGCUCUUCAGUAAGGCCAUUCUACCGCCACUGUUUGUCUAUGGAGAUUACAUGGCUGUGUGCUCGAUUUUAUACAUCUGUCCGCAAUGGGUGUGGUUGAAAUGACCGACUCCACUAUUUUGAAUGUAGGUAUGUAUACAGUACCAGUCAAAAGUUUGGACAAACCUACUCAUUCAAGGGUUUUUCUUUAUUUUUACUAUGUUUACAUUGUAGAAUAAUAGUGAAGACAUCAACUAUGAAAUAACACAUAUGGAAUCAUGUAGUAACCAGAAGUGUUAAACAAAUCAAAAUUAUAUUUUAGAUUCUUCAAAGUAGCCACCCUUUGCCUUGAUGACAGCUUUGCACACUCUUGGCAUUCUCUCAACCAGCUUCACCUGGAAUGCUUUUCCAACAGUCUUGAAGGAGUUCCCACAUAUGCUGAGCACUUGUUGGCUGCUUUUCCUUCACUUUGCGGUCCAACUCAUCCCAAACCAUCUCAAUUGGGUUGAGGUCGGGUGAUUGUGGAGACCAGAUCAUCUGAUGCAGCACUCCAUCACACUUCUUCUUGAUCAAAUAGCCCUUACACAGCCUGGAGGAGUGUUGGUUCAUUGACCUGUUGAAAAACAAAUGAUAGUCCCAUUAAGCGCAAACCAGAUGUAAUGGUGUAUUGCUGCAGAAUGCAGUGGUAGCCAUGCUGGUUAAGUGUGCCUUGAAUUCUAAAUCUCUUCUCUGUUCAGACAUGAAGUAACCAGACAUUUUGCCUAUUAAACGUUUCAGACUUCAGGAAAUUGCUUUCAGCUGUUAUUCUAUGCGUGACAAGGGAACAAUUCUCUCAUUAGUUUUGCUUCAUCACACCCUUAUUUUAGUUUUAGCUAAGUGGAUAGCUCUGUGAUAAUGCCUUUUUAACAGAUUAUCUGCAGGCUUAUAUGGUCGGGGUAUUCCUCAGGACUAAUUCUCAGACUUCUAGUCAAUCCCGACAUUACCUUGCAGUUAAUCCUAAGCCGUUACUAAGAUAACAUAUGUAAUUGUUUUAAGAUGGUCAUACCAAGGAUCAUUUGGCUAUUUGAUUUUGAAUUUUAGGACCCCUUUUGGUAAUUUGUUUUGUUGUUGAAACAUUGAAUUUAGCCUUACUGCUGUUAGCCCAUAGAAACACAUUAAAUAAUGGAUUCAUACAUGGGGAGAAACAGUCAAAAAAUAAAUCUAAAGGAAGUUUGUUUUAAAGUGGUACUAAGUGUUUUAGCAACAUGGAAGAAUGACACCUUUUUUACAUUUUCUGACAAGCGAGCACUUAGAUAUGGUUGUUUUCAUACUCUGUCAUUCCCAAACAUUCUAUAAAUGUAAGGCAUUUCUUAAAAUUCUAUAGCAAUAUAGUGGGAAAGCAGCCGUGCGUUUGGACAAUUUUAAUAGACACUGCAGUAAAUAAAACCUAAUAAAAACAAAGGUCUCGUCCAGGACUGGAGUCUACGCAAGACCUGUGCGCCAUAGCCAAUCGGUGCUAUAGUAGGCUUUUAUGCAAAUAAGUAAUUUGCCACAAGGGCCUGACAUCAUUCACUUUGAACUGGACUGUGUGUUUACAGGCAGUAGCAACAGUGUGGCUUUAGAUCAUUAGAACGCAUUCGCCAAAAGCCACAAUACACCUGAAUGGAUUUCUGCAAAUAUGUAAAUACCACGGGAGUCCUCUUACAUUUGAACUUUACAGUCCUUUUGAUCAAACAACCAUAAAAAGGUAGGCUCUCUCUCCCUCAGGUAUGCACAUCUAAGGCUGCUGCGAUGACUGUAUUACCGCCACACCGGCAGUACUGAGUCACGAUAAUCUCCACUUAUGCACUCUAGACAUGCGUUGGUAGUAGGCUUGGGUGGUAUUCAGAUUUUCAUACCAACCUUGUGCCAUACUGGGAUAUUCGGUAAUACCCGUACUUAACACAAGGGGCGCUGUUUUCAAACCCCACUGAUACUCUGUAAUCCGAAGGUUAGCAAUGCUAACAAGUACAUGUAAAAUCCCAUAGACAAUGCUAACUAAGUGCUAUUGAUCACAUUGCAAACAUUUGACCUAAACUAUACAAGUAACUACUAAAUGCUACUCACAGUUUGCUGCACACACAAAACAAAUAUUAGCCUGCAAGGCUAUAGUUAAAAUAAUGUGAACGGUGAAAUGAAGAACGCAAUGUUUUUUAUCUCCUAACGUAGUGCACAAGUUGACUGCAGUUAUUUUCAUCGUCGAACAUACAAAAAAAGAAAAAACACCAGGAAAUCAGUUCCAAGUGAUUUUUAAUUUGGGAAAUCUGUUUCCAAGUAUUUAUUUAUAAUAGAGAGAGACACAUGAUCAUAUACACAUGUAAGCAAGAUUUGAAAUUAUGUUUUAGUAAAAUAUUAUCUGUUUUGGGCUUCUUGCAGUCAAUUUGCAGUCUACAAAUUAUUUGUCAUCAUGUUCCGGCCCACUGACCAUCCGCUCAAGAAAAAAUUGGCCCGCGGCUGAAUCUAGUUGAUUAUCCAUGGCAUGGUGCAUAGACAGAUAACAUACAGUAGGCCAACUCAUAUUCUGUUCUUCUGAAAUACAUUUGUUCAUACAGUAUCAUGUUUCUUUAGACCUGCCUAAAAUAAAUAAUGUAGAUGUUCUAAAGGCAAAGCAGCAGCUUGUAUGCCUGGCGACGCUAAACAUGUUUAUGUUCAUUAACGGUCAAUUGAGACGGGCAGUCUUUUGCAUGACAAUAACCAGCUGACACAAUUUCAUGACCGCCACAGCCCUAUGCACAUCAAGAUGAACAACUAAUGCUAGCCAGAGCGAGAUGAGCUAAAAUCUAAUGAGGGAACAUUAUAUAAACCCUCUAACUUUUUCAGCUAGUUGGACACUGAUAAACGAUGGGGAAUAGUAACUUGCUCGUCCUUCUGCAGUUUGCCUGCCAAUGUAUACUCUGAAAUCGGAGUAGAUAGCCAGAGUGAAUUUACGAACGCAAGUCGUUCAUCUUCAGUAUAGCUAGCUAGCAAAGCAAUGUAUUGCUAGCUAACCAAAUGACACUGGACUUUGUGCAGACUGGAAACCAUAUCAGACUGGAAACAUAUCCCGAGGCUGCAUUUAUUGUAGCUGGGGACUUUAACAAAGCAAUUUUGCAGAAAACGCUACCAAAGUUCUAUCAAAACACUUGCGCUUGAAAAACUCUACCAUUUGUUACUCUCCCUUCCGGGAUGGCUACAAGGCCCUCCCCCACCCUCCCUUCGUCAAAUCAGAUCACGACUCCAUUCUGCUCCUCCCUUCCUAUAGGCAGAAACUCAAACAGGAAGUGCCCAUGCUAAGGUCUAUUCAACACUGGUCUGACCAAUCGGAUUGUUUUAAGAUUUAACCACGGCAAGGUGACAGGGAAUAUUGAGUACAAACAGUCCAGUUAUGCCCUUUUGUAGGCAAUCAAACAGGCAAAACGUCAGUACAGAGACCAAGUGGAGUUGCAAUUCAACAGCUCAGACACGAGACGUAUGUGGCAGGGGCUCCAGACAGUCACAGAUUACAAAGGGAAAACCAGCCACGCCGCAGACAGUCUUGCUCCCGGACAAGCUAAACACUUCCUUCACCCGCUUUGAGGAUAACGCAGUGCCAUCGACACGGCCCUCUCCUGAGGACUGUUGGCUCUCGUUUUCCGUGGCCGAUGUCAAUAAGACAUUUUAAGCGGGCUAACCCACUCAAGGCUGUCGGCCCAGACUGCAUCCCUAGCUGCGUCCUCCGAGCUUGCGCAGACCAGCUGAAUGGAGUGUUUACGGACAUUCAAUCUCUCCCUAUCCCAGUCUGUCCCCACUUGCUUCAAGAUGUCCACCAUUGUUCCUGUAACCAAGAAAGCAAAGGUAACUGAACUAAAUGACUAUCGCCCCAUAGCACUCACGUCUGUCAUCAUGAAGGGCUUUGAGAGGCUAGUUAAGGAUCAUAUCACCUCCACUUUACCUGACACUAGACCCACUUCAAUUUGCAUACCGCCACAAUUGAUUUAUGUUGACAUUCCCAGCCUUAAUUACAUUAAUCCGUUUUUGUCCAGAAUAUUGAGUAAUUGAAACUGAAAUGGUGCAUCCUGAAUAGGGCUGGGCGGUAUACCGUAUUUUACUGUAUUGAUGCACAGACCGGUUUGAGUUUUUACUUUACCUUCUAUAAUGGUAUUUCAAUGUUUGAUUUGUUAAGUAGACCCUUUUCCAGUACACGACACACUGACAUCACACAGAUUUUUCUUUUGCUGCCGUUCAAUAACAACGCCCUCUUGUUCUUCCACUAACUUGCGUGCAUCGCCCUCGUGCGGCAAUGUUUGUAAACACAGAAAAGAGUCUGUGAUACGCAACUCUGGCGCAUAUGUCAGUUUUUAUAGUUUACUCCGUUUUCUAUUUGACUCAUCUCUCUCCCUCUCCUCCUGCUGCUGCAUGCCACUAACCACACCAAGCCCUGCCCCCGGUCACUCAAGGAGAGAGCAGUUGGACCACUUUCUUGCCGUUCACUCUCCAUGGUCCGAUGGAUGCAACAAUGUUGGUGACAUGCUGCUUUCUAUAAUUACACUUUGUUUGUGUAUCUUACUGUUUGCUAGUUUGUCUUUUAUUAGCAGUGUGUUUCUAAAAUGAAUUGUUAGCUGCUAAUGCUAAUCACUAGUUUGCUGGCUAGCUUGCUAAAUGUACUAAGAGUCAGAGCAAACAUAGCUAGUUAGCUAAUACUGCCUGGUACCAGUGCUGAUGUAGGCCUAGAUAAGCAUGUUUGUGCAAUUGUAUCUUAUCAGAGAGUAAUAGGUGCAUGAAUAUGUUGGCUACAUGAAGUAAGAAAACAUGAAAUGUAACAUCUAAUUAGGGUCACCUUGAAACACUGAUCAACACUUUGGUUCCUACCCUGUCAAUUCCUCACUGGCUUAUUCAUUCGUUGUCAUGUCACAAAACAAUGUAUUAAAGGUGCUGCCCACUAUUUCCAACUAUAGAAUUAGAAUAAUAAUUUUUUCCAUGAUUCCAACAGUUCACCAAUUAACUAGGCCUAGAUUAUUUUUUCCCAUAUCAUGCUGCGUGGCACAGUGUGGAAAUAAUGAUACAAGUGCAGGAAAUAUGGCCUCCCAAGUGGCGCAGCAGUCUAAGGCACUGCAUCGCAGUGCUAGAGGCGUCACUACAGACCCUGGUUCGAUCCCAGGCUGUGUCGCAGCCGGCCGUGACCGGGAGACCCAUGAGGCGGCGCACAAUUGGCCAAGCGUCGUCCGGGUUAGGGGAGGGUUUAGCCGGCCGGGAUGUCCUUGUCCCAUCGUGCUAUAGCGACUCCUUGUGGCGGGCGCAUGCACGCUGACUACGGUCGCCAGCUGUACAGUGUUUCCUCCGACACAUUGGUGCGGCUGGCUUCCGGGUUAAGCGAGCAGUGUGUUAAGAAGCAGUGUGGCUUGGCAGGGUCGUGUUUCGGAGAACCUUCGCCUCUCCUGUGUCCGUAUGGUGGUUAUCCCACUGGCUAUAGGGUGAACGCACCAAUUGGUGAGUCGCUCUGGAUAAGAGCGUCUGCUAAAUGACGUAAAUGUGCCCUUGAGCAAGGCACUUAACCCUAAUUGCUCCUGUAAGUCGCUCUGGAUAAGAGCGUCUGCUAAAUGACUAAAAUGUAAUGUAAAUGUAUGGGAGUUGCAGCGAUGGGACAAGACUGUAACUACCACUUGGAUAUCACGAAAUUGGGGAGAAAAAGGGGUAAAAAAUCUCAUUUAGAAAGUGCAGAAAUUUAUGAAAAUGCUGAAAAUAAUAUUUGUUCUGCGUUUUCUGUGAACAGUAUAAAUGGAGAAAGCCCCUUUUUUAAAAUUACUUAGAAUUUGUGUUACCACCCUAGGGUCAUGAACUACUCAAAGCAUAUUUAGAGUAUUUAUUAUUCAAAAAAUCUAAUACUGUCAAAAGUGACAUCGGUAUAUGAUAUUUUGUCCAUAUCGCCCUAAUCCUGAAUGGGUGGAGGCAGCAAACAAUGUACCAGGCCAGCUGUGAUUUACAACCUGACAGCAAUACUUUUUGGACUACCAAGAAAUGUAUUGGUGAAUUAUAUUGAACUGCAUCCAUCUAUUCUUUCAACAAUGCCUUACUAUACAUCAUGGAAUUGAGUCAAAUAUAAAAACCUGUUUUUUUAGCAUUAACUGGGAAUUUGAUAUUUUGACUUAUGAUUCUGUUUCAUAUCUGCUAAGUAGUUAAAACGCUGUUAGUUCUACUUUAAAGUGUCUGUCCUAUCUACAGUUGAAGUCGGAAGUUUACAUACACCUUAGCCAAAUACAUUUAAACUCAGUUUUUCACAAUUCCUGACAUUUAAUCCUAGUAAAAAUUCCCUGUCUUAGGUCAGGUAGGAUCACCACUUUAUUUUAAGAAUGUGAAAUGUCAUAAUAAUAGUGUAGAGUGAUUUAUGUCAGCUUUUAUUUCUUUCAUCACAUUCCCAGUGGGUCAGAAGUUUACAUACACUCAAUUAGUAUUUGGUAGCAUUGCCUUUAAAUUGUUUAACUUGGGUCAAACGUUUUGGGUAGCCUUCCACAAGCUUCCCACAAUAAGUUGGCUGAAUUUUGGCCCAUUCCUCCUGCCAGAGCUGGUGUAACUGAGUCAGGUUUGUAGGCCUCCUUGCUCGCACAUGCCUUUUCAGUUCUGCCCACACAUUUUCUAUAGGACUGAGGUCAGGGCUUUGUGAUGGCCACUCCAAUACCUUGACUUUGUUGUCCUUAAGCCAUUUUGCCACAACUUUGGAAGUUUGCUUGGGGUCAUUGUCCAUUUGGAAGACCCAUUUGAGACCAAGCUUUAACUUCCUGACUGAUGUCUUGAGAUGUUGCUUCAAUAUAUCCACAUAAUUUUCCUUCCUCAUGAUGCCAUCUAUUUUGUGAAGCGCACGAGUCCCUCCUGCAGCAAAGCACCCCCACAGCAUGAUGCUGCCACCCCCGUGCUUCACGGUUGGUGUUCUUCGGCUUGCAAGUUCCCCUUUUUCCUUCAAACAUAACGAUGGUCAUUAUGGCCAAUCAGUUCUGUUUUUGUUUCAUCAGACCAGAGGACAUUUCUCCAAAAAGUACAAUCUUUGUCCCCAUGUGCAGUUGCAAACCGUAGUCUGGCUUUUUUAUGGCGGUUUUGGAGCAGUGGCUUCUUCCUUGCUGAGUGGCCUUUCAGGUUAUGUCGAAAUAGGACUCGUUAUACUGUGGAUAUAGAUAAUUUUGUACCUGUUUCCUCCAGCAUCUUCACAAGGUCCUUUGCUGUUGUUCUGUGAUUGAUUUGCCUUCCACCAAAGUAUGUUCAUCUCUAGGAGACAGAAUGCGUCUCCUUACUGAGCGGUAUGACGGCUGCGUGGUCCCAUGGUGUUUAUACUUGCGUACUAUUGUUUGUACAGAUGAACAUGGUACCUUCAGGCAUUUGGAAAUUGCUCCCAAGGAUGAACCAGACUUGUGGAGGUCUACAAUCUUUUUUCUGAGGUCUUGGCUGAUUUUCUUUUGAUUUGCCCAUGAGUUUGAAGGUAGGCCUUGAAAUACAUCCACGGGUACACCUCCAAUUGACUCAAAUGAUGUCAAUUAGCCUAUCAGAAGCUUCUAAAGCCAUGACAUCAUUUUCUGGAAUUUUCCAAGCUGUUUAAAGGCACAGUCAACUUCUGACCCACUGGAAUUGUGAUACAGUGAAUUAUAAGUGAAAUAAUCUUUCUGUAAACAAUUGUUGGAAAAAUUACUUGUCAUGCACAAAGUAGAUGUCCUAACCGACUUGCCAAAACUAUAGUUUGUUAACAAGACAUUUGUGGAGUGGUUGAAAAACAAGUUUGAAUGACUCCAACCUAAGUGUAUGUAAACUUCCGACUUCAACUAUAUAUAUGAGCGAUAUAAGAAAUUUAAUUUAACAUUUUUGGUACUAAACUACUUCCUUAUACACAGUAUACAAAACAUUAAGAACACCUGCUUUUUGCAUGACAGACUGACCAGGUGAAAGCGAUCAGGGCCUAUAAUUACAUUUUUGGUCAACCAGCCACUGUCACAGGUAGAUUAAAAAAUCUACCAGCCACUCAGAUUCUUUUAACAGCCAAAAUAUUAUUUUUCGCAAAAAUGACACCAACAAAACACAAAACUACUGAGCGUGCUUUGUAAUGUUCCCUAAAACAAUAAAUGUAUCACUAGUAAGAAGUAAUGUGGUAUAUUGUUUAAUUUCAUUUCUUUUUUUGUGACAAGAGAUGAGAGAAUUCACCUGCCCCUUUAAGGGAGGUUACCAUGGUAACACAACUAAUCAUAUUCGUGCCUGUGAAAUUGAGUCCGACUAGUGGCAGUGUUUUCUUCUCUUCCUUAGCAGUUGAAACUCAAACAUUGAAAAACAUACUUUUGGGUCAUGUAUGUAGACAGCUGCUCGUCGACCGUCUCAUUCCAAAAUAAUUGGCAUUAAUAUGGAGUUGGUCCCUCCUUUGCUGCUAUAACAGCCUCCACUCUUCUGGGAAGGCUUUCCACUAGAUGUUGGAACAUUGCUCCGGGGUCUUGCUUCCAUUCAGCCACGAGCAUUAGUGAAGUCGGGCACUGAUGUAGGGCGAUUAGGCCAGGCUCGCAGUCGGCAUUCCAAUUCAUCCCAAAGCCGUUUGAUAGGGUUGAGGUCAGGGCUGUUGGAACAUUGCUGCGGGGUCUUGCUUCCAUUCAGCCACGAGCAUUAGUGAGGUCGGGCACUGAUGUUGGGCGAUUAGGCCUGGCUCGCAGUCGGCAUUCCAAUUCAUCCCAAAGCCGUUCGAUAGAGUUGAGGUCAGGGCUCUGUGCAGGCCAGUCAAGUUCUUCCAUAACCGAUCUCGACAAACGAUUUCUGUAUAGACCUCGCUUUGUGCACAGGGGCACUGUCAUGCUGAAACAGGAAAAGGCCUUCCCUAAACUGUUUCUUAUUUAUUUAUUUUUCUUAUUUUGGGGGGUAGAUUAGCUCAAUAUUGCAGAUUGUAACUUCCAUCAAUGUAAUUGUCUGCAUCACUUCCAAUCCCCCAUGUGUUUUAUACAUACAUACAUACAUACAUACAUACAUACAUACAUACAUACAUAUCCUUUAAAAAAAAUAAAUAUAUAUAUAUAUAUAUAUAUAUAUAUAUUCCCCUUUAUUACUGUCCAACCCCGCCACCCUUUCCCCACUUGGAGUAAACUAGUGAACAACAAUGCCUAGGCCUCUACUUCCAGCACAUAACCACUAUCUACAUUUUAUGGACAGUCAAUUUUACAGUAAUUACAUUUGGUUUGUUCUUUCUCCUGAACUUCUUCUACUCUCAACCUCUCCGAUCAUUUUCAUGAUGUCCAUCCGGUUUGCUUCUAUAUGCCAUCUUUCUGACCAUGCUCCUUCACAAAAGCUCCCAACCUACAACCCAUACACUUAUUAUGGACACAGCGUGCCUACAUUAUUAGUUAUCUUGUUAUUGUUUGUUGUUAGUUGUUAUUAGUCCCAUCAUUCAACACCUCCCAUCUAUCUUUUAACACCAUCCAUAUAGGAUUUCUAUUUGCCAUAUAUAUUUCAACUGUUCUGUGAUGUCUUACAAAAGUUCUGAACCUUUCUAUUAUUGUUUCUACAGAUUGUGAAUUGAAAAUAAACAUUUUUGCUAAUAGUAUUAUUAUGUUAUUGAUCGAUUGACUAUGACUUUUCAGAUCACCCAGUAGUGCUAUCUGCAGGGUUAGCUCCAGGUAAAUAUUGCAAUCCUUUAGCCAUUCCUGGACCUGUGUCCAAAAACAAGCUACAAAUGGACAGUACCAAAACAAAUGAUCUAAUGAUUAUGUCUCUUCGCAGCAAAAUCUGCAGAGCUGGGAAGAUUGUAUCCCCCAUAUAAAUAACAUUCUAUUGGUAGCAAGAAUUUUAUAUAAUAAUUUUAAAUAGAAAGAUUCUAAGUUUUGAAUCCGGUGUCGUUUUGCGUAUCAGUUCAUAAACACUAUGCCAUGGGAAAAAUCUCUAUUUUGCAAUCUAUAUUGGACGGCUGUCAAUCCUUUGGUCCUUAAAUGAAACUGAUAUACUUUUUUUUAUUUAUCACAGUUUUCCUUAACCAAUCAUGUUCUUUAAUGCAAGGCCGAAAGACAAGUUCCUUACUUUCUCCCCCUUCCACUUUCCUCUUCCAUUUUUGCGGUAAGGCUGCAAUUAUUUGGUUGUAAUUUUGGGUAGAGCAGACAUUUCCAGAUGUUUUUGUUAGCUGCAUGUGCGACAACACCAGUCCUACCGAUGAUAUCAUUUGCAAAGAUUAUACCUUUUUUUUAAACAUUUUGUCCAAAAAAUGUUUUUUGUCAAUUAGUAUAUUUGAGUUUAACCACUAUUUGUUCUGUCAUUUCUGGAGGAUUAAAUUGAAAAUGCAACCAACUGUUGCCACAAAGUUAGAAGCACAGAAUCGUCUAGAAUGUCAUUGUAUGCUGUAGCGUUAUGAUUUCCCUUCAAUGGAACUAAGGGGCCUAGCCCGAACCAUGAUAAACAGCCCCAGACCAUUAUUCCUGUUCCACCAAACUUUACAGUUGCCACUAUGCAUUGGGUCAGGUAGAGUUUUCCUGGCAUCCGCCAAACCCAGAUUUGUCCGUUGGAUUGCCAGAUGAUGAUGAAGCGAGAUUCAUCACUACAGAGAACGCGUUGCCACUGCUCCAGAGUCCAAUGGCGGCGAGCUUUACACGCUUGGCAUUGCGCAUUGUGAUCUUAGGCUUGUGUGCGGCUGCUCGGCCAUCGAAACCCAUUUCAUGAAGCUCGCGCCAAACAGUUAUUGUGCUCAGUGAGUGUUCCAACAGUGGACAGACGAUUUUUACGCGCUUCAGCACUCGUCAGUCCCAUUCUGUGCUCUUGUGUGGCCUACCACUUCGUGGCUGAGCUCCUAGACGUUUCCACUUCACAAUAACAGCACUUACAUUUGACCGGGGCAGCUCUAGCAGGGCAGAAAUUUGAUGAACUGACUUGUUGGCAAGGUGGCAUCCUAUGAGUCACUGACCUUUUUUAAGUAAGGCCAUUCUACUACCAAUGUUUUGAGAUUGCAUGGCUGUGUGCUCGAUUUUUAUACACCAGUCAGCAACGGGUGUGGCUGAAAUAGCCAAAUCCACUAAUUUGAAGCUUUACACAUACUUUUGUAUAUUUAGUGUAGCUUGUGAACAAAAUAUUGUAAAUAGCCAAGAGACACAAGGACCGUCUCACUUCAGUAAAAUUUCUUUCACAAAGCUCUUCACGUGCGCAAAGCCCCCAGCCAGGCAGGGUUGCAGCGCGCGGUGGGAUAUGCUAUAGGAUUUGUAGUUCUUUGACUUUGUGCGAUUUAUUAUCUUUUACUGCUAUGAAACAAAACAGCAGAAAUACUUUGAAAACAGCUACUGCAGCAUUUAUUUUCCUAUAAAUGUGAUCAUACUUUACUAUUUUUAUACACAAAUGUAAGUGGAAAUGCUCACGAUGUGGAGCCCUGACCACCCGCCAACGUGGCUGGUGAAAUGGACAUCUUACCCGCCAAUGCCAAAAUCUACCGGCAUUUGUCAGGUGGAGGGUGUUCAUUUUAGGCCCUGAAAGCUAUGAUCCCUUAUUGAUGUCACUUGGUAAAUCCACUUCAAUCAGUGUAGAUGAAGGGGAGGAGACCGGUCAAAGAAGGAUUUUAAAACCUUGAGACAUGGAUUGUCUCAAAAUACAAAAGAUUUAAGAGUAGGUGCCAGGUGCACUGUUUUUGUGUGUUAACUGCAAUGCAACUCAAUAUUAGGAAGGUGUUCCUAAUAUUUUGUAUACUCUGUGUAUACUUCCAUUCAUUUUCUUAACUGGUACCGGGCUACCUUCAGACGAGCGGUGUAAGGCUUGUGGGCGUCCUAGAGCAAAACAACGACAUGUUCGUGAGAGGCUAAUCUUUCCAUUGAGUGGUCGUAUUAGUUAGUAGGCCAAACUGUUCGGACCCUACAGACGUUUUAGAUUUGUAGAUGUAUCUCGUGGUCUGACAAACACCGCUGUAGCUCAGCCAACUUCCACCGCAGAUGCUGAAGGCUGCCCUUUGGCGGAUGCGAUGGAUUGAUAUGCAGCCCAUGCAACAACAAAAAAACUAGCAGAUGCAGUGGGAGAGGGAGGAGAGGCAUGAAGCAGCUAACAGUUAAGCUAGCAACCAAAAACGUUUUACAGCCUUUCUCUCCUGUUCUGGUUUUCAUAUUAACGUUCUUUAGUUGUCCAGAAGCCAAAGGCACAAUCCUAGUCAUAUUAACAACCCAUCCAAGAUGUUGCAUAUUUACAUUUUCUCUAAGUUUCGAAUGGAGAUGUUCAUCUCUGUCACAUGAAACGGCUUGCAUCAGAUGCGUCUUUUUAGAACAGUGUUUUCCCGCAAAUGUUUGAAAAUGAUGUUUUCCAUUCUCUGCUUCAUUAGUGUUCAAUAAUAUGAGCGAAUAGGCUUGCUAUUGUCGCAUGUUUUUUAAUCUCUUAAUAAAAAAUGUCCGUUCCUUCCAUGCAUAGUAUUUUCUGUUGGUCAUGUCAUUUGACUGUUUGGAAAUAAUUUAACCGUUUGUUAACCGGUUAAUGGGGGUUGGUUAGUCGGCAACGAAAUGGACCGAAAUUUGCAUCCCUUGAAGGAAGUUAGAGGUAGUUUUGCGAGCCAAUGCUAACUAGCGUUGGCGCAAUGACUGGAAGUCCUAUGGUACUGUAUCUACUAGCAUGCUAGCAGUUACCAUAGACUUCAUCAUUUCGCUAACGCAAGUUAGCAAUUGCACUUUCGCUAGUUAGCACUUCCUUCAAACAGCAUGCAGAGACCUAAACAUGGUAUCCACGAGUUCAUUAGACUCUGGGGAAGUAGAUAAAGGGCUUCAUUGCCAAAAUCCCGAAGUAUCUCUUUAAGACUUUGUGACAUCCUGAAACUGAAUUGCCUUGUUGAAUUAGCUGUAUACCUGAUCUCAGUUUUUAUCGUCAGAGCUUCAGAUAAAUCAAUGAAAUGCAACAGUUUUCAGAUAGUGGGGGACUUCAAUGUGUUUUCUGUAGUUUGUCUCAUUUUUGUCAUGAAGAAAUGAUAAAAAGAGCCAGACAUUCUGGUUUUCCUUGUAUAGGCCUAAAAUAAGAGGAAAGAUGCAAGGAUGCUGAGUAGGCUAUACAUUAAGAUACAGAGUUCUGUAAGAUGCAUCCUGUGAGUGGGGGAAAAAAUAGCUCUUUGAGUCUUUUCAAAAAGUCAUGACAUAUGAUUGACUGAAAAGCCUACUCUGUAAUGGUCACCAUUCAUAAAAUGGCCUACUUAAACGUUUCAAAUAAAGCCUGAACUCGAACAUAGAGGUGAUGAUCAUGACGCAGUCAGAUCUACUCUGCAGCGUUGGAUGACAGAGAGAGGAAUGUGAGUGUCUGAGGAGUAGGCAAUAAGGGGUUUAUCUUCUGUGACUGUGUUUUUCCUCUCUUCCAGGCACCAUGGAGGAGCUGCACAGCCUGGACCCCCGGAGACAGGAGCUGCUGGAGGCUCGCUUCAUGGGCGCGGUCACUGGCACUGGGGGCAGCACCGGGGGCAGCACUGGCAGCACCAGCGGGGGAACCAAAGUGAGAGAGCUUCCCUCAACCCCCUGAUCCCCAUACACUCACGUCACAUAUUACUACAGUAACACUUGGCUGCAUGUUUUCAGUUAGCCUAAUUGUCUGUUAGGCUUCUUUUGUGUAACAAAAAAAGUUCAAGUCAAGUAAAUAAUUGUCAUGGUUUCUUUUCAAAGAAGGUUCUGACAAACUUCUGUUUUGAUUUCAGGGCCUGACAAACAAUGAAUGUUCAAAUCAAAGUUUUGGAAGCCUGGGAUCCUCCAGUGACAAAGAGUCAGAGGUUUGUUUAUUAACAGAUUGUUCCUACAGUUUUUUUGAAAAAUUAUAAUGGAAUCAAUGUACACGUUUGUUUAAACAGGCUCUUGUCAGACAGUAUAAGUGGUUUCCAAGGCUUUUCUGUAUUUGUUUUUUUUUGUCUUUUGACAUUCCAUCCUUUGUUUGGAUUAGACCUUUGUUUUGAUUGGAUGUUAGAUGUGGGCUGGUUGGUGUGAGCAGGGAGAUCACACAGAGAGCGAGAGGAGCUGGAACCUCUUAUUAUCCUCUUUGUCACUGGUGAAAAUGUUAGACGCAACCUAAGAUGGAGCGAGCUCUAGAGAGAAUAAAAAUGUGCGGAAUCUUGUUGUAAUUAAACUGCAUUCUUGUGACGCAUCAUGCCACGAGCUCUCACCUCUCUGUACAAACACGGUCUGUGCCAGGGCAGCCUGAUCACAAGCAUCAUGCUGCGUCUGCGCCUCCCUCCACGCUGUUUUCCUGUGUUUGGCAGCACAGCUCUACGCUAAUGAAGGCAAAACACAAAUGGCUUCCAACUUGGAGGGGCUGCAGUGUCGCAGCCUGUUUGUGUGGGGUGGUGGACUCCAACAUUGCCAGGAAUAAAGAAGCCUGAACCGCUGCAGUGGAGUGUGCGAAUAUACUAGCAACCUGACUGUGCGGGUGACGGUCUGCUCCCCUCCCUUCUGUUCAGUUCAUCGACUGGUUUAAUAAGUCACUGAUGAAGGCCUGUGUGUGAGCAUGAUCGAGGGGAGAGCGGAGGAGGCAGAAUAAAUCCUCUCUGUCCUCCUCUUCCGCUGAGCUGCUGAAUCUGCACAGAUGUCAACCCCACAGAUGCCCCCAUAAGUCACACUCCCUAAUGAUUCACUGUUGACACACUCAAUCAGACCAGCACCUGUCAGCAGAUUCUCUGCACAAGGCUCUGUUCUGGUUCUGGGGCCUGUAAACCUUGUUUUGUAAAAAUAUCGCGAGGAUUCCUCUGCCUGGUUGAAAUGGGCUACUCUUUUUAGAUUUAGUUUGGGUUUUCUCAGUUUAAGCAUUUUCAUGCUUGCUUGUAGGGCAGAAAGAAUCCUCAUAUCCUCCAGCAUACGUUAUCUUAGUGGUCGUUAAUUAAUUAAACUGGUUAAGAUUAUUCCUUGCUUUGUUUGGAGAUAUCUUGUUUUUUUCAUAAAUUUAGCUCCUAAAGGCUGCGUUUACACAGGCAGCCCAUUUCUAAACUUUCUUUCACUAAUUGGUCUUUUGACCAAUCACAUCAGCUCUGAAAAAGACCUGUGAUUGGUCAAAAUAUCCGAAUUGGGCUGUGUGUGUAUACUCGGCCAUUGAGAUUUGAAUCAGUCAGUUAGAAAAGGCUAGUUAAUCUAUGUGACACAGUUUAGUUACCUGCUGUAGUCGCUUUUCCUCUAUUUCUCACAGCCUGUGGCCCAAAACUGCCGACGGGCAGCAAUAGAUAAGCAUCCUCUCCCAACUGUUGAAAUUCUUGCAUUACCAUCUUAUUAAGCUUUCAAUAAAAUUAAUCUGUCAAAACAGGCUAAUUAUAAACAAGAUUAGUCAUGUAUUUCAUUACAUUGAACUCAUUCUCUGUACUCCUCCUACCUCUUUUAUUUGCAGAGCUCAGAUGUGAAAAGGGGGAGCUCUCCUGCAUACUCGGUAGGUACUCCAUUGUAUUUGGAAUACUAGGCUAUGUUCCCCUUCAUUUGUCAGCUGCUGGGCGGUAGGCAGCAGUGGUUGGUCAGUAGACUAGGCAUUUGUGUUGCUGCUACUACAGUAUAUUCACUAUGCUUUUGUUUUUCAAAACAGUCAUUAAAUCCUCAUCUUGACAUUUUCAAGGAAUCAAAGUAACUGUACUUGUACAACCUACCAGAUGAUGGUGGUUAUUGGUUAAACUCAGUUUCUCUUUGACAGACUCCUGAAAAGAAACACACUGAAUCAUCCAGAGGAAGAAAAAGGAAACCUGAUACCCAGUCAGAGAGCAGCCAAGGUAACUUCCCUCAAGCCGUUUCUGUUAUGCUCCGGAUACAUAUAGUCAUUGCUGUAUGAUGACCAUGAUUUAUAAAUGAGAGUCGAUGCUAAUUGUAUUUUCUCUCUCACAGGGAAGUCUAUCGUGCGAGGACCCAAAAUUAGUGAUUAUUUUGAUGUAAGUUACUAUUUUUGGGGGUUAUAAGGAACAUGAUUUGGGGAGCAUGCUAAAUGUGUUAAAUUAAAAUGAUACUCUUAAAGUCCCUGUGUGCUGGAGCACCACUUUUUGUGUUAAUCUCAGAGGUGUUCUGUUUUGGAGAAUAUCAAUGAAGCUCCAUUUCACUCAGAGGCAAUCUCUUGAAAUAUACAGAACCAAACAUAAAGGAGGCUUUCUGUGCCUCUGUUGUUGCCAAGUGGCAGCCAAUGAUGGCACUCACACUGGUGGGCUCUUUCUCCAGUUCCAAGGAGGGAAUGGGUCCAGUCCUGUUAGAGGUCUCCCCCCAGUGAUCCGCUCACCCCAGAACUCACAUUCCCGCUCCGCACAGGGUUCAAGUGUAAGUUACCCCAUAUCAACUUCACUUAAUUUAUCGCUUGUUGCCAUUUGAAACAGAAGAAUUAAGUAUCCUUGUCCGAGCCAGAACGGCCUAUUUUAAACAGUCAAUGUUUAUAAGUAAUAUUGAUGGUACCAUUUAGAUAGAUAUGCUAACAAUUGUUGUCCCUUGUGUUUCAGAUUAGGCAAAACAGCUCAUCGCCUACGAGUCUGUCUUUUGGGGACCAUGUGAUGCAUCCUAUGCAGUUAGCUGUCAAAUGUGUGCAGGUGAGGAUUGACAAUCACUAUUAUGCGUGUUCAGUACUUUUUGAAUAACAGAUUGUGUUAAAGCAUGUGUUAAGAAUUUGUUAUAUUUGUUUUCAUUGCAGACUGACCUGACGGGGCUCAAGUUGGCUGCCCUCGAAAGUAACAAGAACCUGGACCUUGAGAAAAAAGAAGGAAGAAUAGAUGAUUUGCUUAGAGUAAGAAAAGCUGGCUAAUGAGCACAAACGAAACCUCAGCAGAAAGUACUUAAGUCCCUCAUUGAGUUUAAGUGUCAGUGAUAUAUUACUAUGGCACAACUGAACACACAGAUCAAUUAAAACACAGCUCAGCGUGCUGCCAGUGGACUCAAAGUAUGUAUGUUAUCCAUGCUAGACUGACAGUCUUAUUUCUGCUAUAAGAGUGCUUAGAGGUCCUGGGUGUUAGAAUUGUAAUGAUUAACCUAAUGUGUGUUUCUUCUCCAUAGGCAAACUGUGACCUCAGGAGACAGAUAGAUGAACAACAGAAAUUACUUGAAAAGUACAAAGAACGCUUAAAUAAAUGCAUCACCAUGAGCAAGAAGUUGCUCAUAGAAAAGGUACUUCCAUUUCAAACUGGAAUGUCUGAAGCCGGCAUGUCUGGCUUUUGACAUUGUGGCAAGUCUUUGCAUUUCAGUAUGAGUAAUCUGGUAUUGCGUAUCAGUCCGUGAUGUCUAACAUUGUGUACUCGUUGCUUAGAGCACCCAGGAGAAGCAGGCGUGCCGGGAGAAGAGUAUGCAGGACAGACUACGAUUAGGCCACUUCACCACUGUGCGACAUGGAGCCUCCUUCACAGAGCAGUGGACAGAUGGCUUUGCCUUCCAAAACCUAGUCAAGUGAGUAACUUAGUCUCCGGGGUCAAAGAUGUCUCAAGUCCACUUAACUUUCUCAACUGUGUUAUGGUUGUCAAGCUACAUGUAUUUCUCUUUCAACCAGGUAUCAGAGACAUUUGUAGAAUUAGUACUGAAAUUUAUAAUUUUCUUUUUAUUCUAAAGCCUUAUCCAGGGUAAAACGCAAGCGUAGCAGAAAUUGUAUUGAUUGCAUAUAACAUCUUUAUCUGCAGACAGCAAGAGUGGAUAAACCAACAGAGGGAGGAAAUCGAGAAGCAGAGAAAACUCCUAGCAAAGAGGAAACCCCCAUCCUCCAGCAACUCCCAAGCACCAACAACAAACUCUGAGCCAAAGCAACGCAAAUCCAAGGCAGUGAAUGGAGCGGAGAACGAUCCCUUUCUCAAGCCCAGCCUACCUCAGCUGUGAGUGCCCUUGUCCUCCCUAACUGUGGCAAAGCCUAAGCACACAAGACGCAAGAUAUCUAUGAACAUCUAUGCCUGAUCCUGUUGCUUUCAUUUGUCAUUGAUUUUGUUGGUUAAUUCCAAAGGUUGACUCUAGCGGAGUACCAUGAGCAGGAGGAGAUAUACAAACUGCGACUCGGGCAUCUCAAAAAGGUCAGUGUUGAGAUGCCCAACCAGGCAGGUCCAGGCAACACGAGCUGACCUUUCUUUGUUUCAUAUGUCACAUUGUUCAUCAAGACAAUUAAAUUGGGAUAAGACAUCCUGACUCUGUUCCCUGAUAUAGAACCACUAAUAGUGUGACUGCCUAGAGAUUGUGUGGACAUUUUUUCCAAAGCUAUAGUUCAUUGAAUUAUUAGUUGUUUUUCUAGGGAAUAAGCAUCAGACGGAUUUCCCUAGACAGACUUUCUACCAAGUCAACCAUUAAUAUUUAAGAUGAGACUUGUCAGCCUAGGAGUAGAAGUGGGUUUUGAUGAGCACCCCUUUCCUUGUAGUCAGUCCUCUGAUGUUUGUGUGUGUGAAUCAUCAUAGGAAGAAGCUGAAAUCCAGGCGGAGCUGGAGCGUCUGGAGAGAGUGCGGAACCUUCACAUUCGGGAACUUAAGAGAAUAAAUAACGAGGACAGUUCACAGUGAGUCUGAUCACUGGAAUGAAUCUCUGUGACGUCAGGGCAUACGCACAGGGGCUCCUGCUGACAGUCAUAGAUUGUUCAGUAAACCACUGGAGGCAGUAAUGGCCAUGUCAUGGUCCUUUUCACAGUAUGUUACAAAUCAUUCUGAAUGUCAGUGUUCCAUUCUGCCACUCGAGAUAAAAUUAGCCUGUUUUUUUUUAUCACCGACUAGCAUUUCAAUAACAACGUCCAACUUCAUGUCUUUAUAGGGAUUAGUAGUGUUUGAGUUGGUGGAAGUCCUACCAUUGAGUUAGUUCGCAAUGAACUAACUAGAUUCUGACUUUUCUUUUUUCUCCCCCGCUAAAGAUUCAAAGACCAUCCGACUUUGAACGAGAGGUAUCUACUCUUGCAUCUUCUGGGAAGAGGAGGCUUUAGUGAAGUGUACAAGGUGAGUCGAUCUGUGUUUUCAUGUGUCAUCAGUUGCAUCUACAAGUCUUUGUUUGAAUGGACCAGUCAGAACUUUUCUGUUGGUUUGUUAUAGGCGUUUGACUUGAUUGAGCAACGGUAUGCUGCUGUGAAAAUUCACCAGCUCAACAAGAACUGGAGGGAGGAGAAAAAAGAGAAUUAUCACAAGUAUGUUCAACAUUAAAUAAUUGCCACUUUCACCAUGUUCUGUUCAUCAACACUGUGAAAAGUAAGUUUUAAAAAAAGCAUCGCUCUGAUUUAGAUCAUUUUAGAAAUGCAGGUCAGUUUUAUGAAUUACCAUAACAAUGGCACAGAGUUUUAUUUACUUGUAAUGCACUGACUUUAAGCUACUGUUAUUCUAGUCCAUAAGCUUAAUGUCUGGGUUAUCCAAUCAAUCAGUCAUACCUCCACCUCUCUGCGCUCCUACUUUCUUGAGUCAUUCCUUUGGUUGCCCAUGGUAACACUGCUCACCUUGUUGCAGACACGCCUGUCGAGAGUACAGAAUACACAAGCAGCUGGACCACCCCAGAAUCGUCAAGCUGUAUGACUACUUUUCACUGGAUACAGACACGUAAGUGACCCUUCCUCAUUAUAUUGACUACAUAUUCUCAUGACAUCCUCUCAUCACUGCCUUUUACACAUUGUUCCUUUAUGUUGCCCUCACAGGUUUUGCACUGUUUUGGAGUACUGUGAAGGCAAUGACCUGGACUUCUACUUGAAACAGCACAAGCUAAUGUCGGAAAAGGAGGCCCGCUCCAUCGUCAUGCAGAUUGUGAAUGCUCUCCGUUACCUGAACGAAAUCAAGCCCCCCAUUAUCCACUAUGACCUCAAGCCAGGUGAACGCGCGCACACUGCAGGGAAAUGUUGUUUACCUUUCCAUCUGUAAAGAGGUCCCAAGGUUUUCUGAUGCUAUGUGCUCAUUUGUUCUGUUCCAAUUUCAAGGUAACAUCCUGCUUGUGGAUGGCACAGCUUGUGGGGAAAUCAAAAUCACAGACUUCGGUUUGUCCAAAAUCAUGGAUGACGACAGCUACGGUGCAGAUGGCAUGGACCUGACAUCACAAGGAGCAGGGACCUACUGGUAAUAAACUGCCACCAUAUAUGCGUAAAUAUGCAGUGUGCCUUCAGAAAGUAUUCAUACCCAUUGACUUAUUCCACAUUUUGUUUUGUUACAGCCUGAAUUAAAAAUUGAUUAAAUGUAUUAUGUUUCUCACCCAUCUGCACGUAAUAUCCCAUCUGUAAAUGUAUCGAACAUUUAAAUACAGAAAUACAGUGGGGGGAAAAAAGGUAUUUAGUCAGCCACCAAUUGUGCAAGUUCUCCCACUUAAAAAGAUGAGAGGCCUGUAAUUUCCAUCAUAGGUACACGUCAACUAUGACAGACAAAUUGAGAAAAAACAUUCCAGAAAAUCACAUUGUAGGAUUUUUAAUGAAUUUAUUUGCAAAUUAUGGUGGAAAAUAAGUAUUUGGUCACCUACAAACAAGCAAGAUUUCUGGCUCUCACAGACCUGUAACUUAUUAUUUAAGAGGCUCCUCUGUCCUCCACUCGUUACCUGUAUUAAUGGCACCUGUUUGAACUUGUUAUCAGUAUAAAAGACACCUGUCCACAACCUCAAACAGUCACACUCCAAACUUCACUAUGGCCAAGACCAAAGAGCUGUCAAAGGACACCAGAAACAAAAUUGUAGACCUGAACCAGGCUGGGAAGACUGAAUCUGCAAUAGGUAAGCAGCUUGGUUUGAAGAAAUCAACUGUGGGAGCAAUUAUUAGGAAAUGGAAGACAUACAAGACCACUGAUAAUCUCCCUCGAUCUGGGGCUCCACGCAAGAUCUCACCCCGUGGGGUCAAAAUGAUCACAAGAACGGUGAGCAAAAAUCCCAGAACCACACGGGGGGACCUAGUGAAUGACCUGCAGAGAGCUGGGACCAAAGUAACAAAGCCUACCAUCAGUAACACACUACGCCGCCAGGGACUCAAAUCCUGCAGUGCCAGACGUGUCCCCCUGCUUAAGCCAGUACAUGUCCAGGCCCGUCUGAAGUUUGCUAGAGUGCAUUUGGAUGAUCCAGAAGAGGAUUGGGAGAAUGUCAUAUGGUCAGAUGAAACCAAAAUAGAACUUUUUGGUAAAAACUCAACUCGUCGUGUUUGGAGGACAAAGAAUGCUGAGUUGCAUCCAAAGAACACCAUACCUACUGUGAAGCAUGGGGGUGGAAACAUCAUGCUUUGGGGCUGUUUUUCUGCAAAGGGACCAGGACGACUGAUCCGUGUAAAGGAAAGAAUGAAUGGGGCCAUGUAUCGUGAGAUUUUGAGUGAAAACCUCCUUCCAUCAGCAAGGGCAUUGAAGAUGAAACGUGGCUGGGUCUUUCAGCAUGACAAUGAUCCCAAACACACCGCCCGGGCAACGAAGGAGUGGCUUCGUAAGAAGCAUUUCAAGGUCCUGGAGUGGCCUAGCCAGUCUCCAGAUCUCAACCCCAUAGAAAAUCUUUGGAGGGAGUUGAAUGUCCGUGUUGCCCAGCGACAGCCCCAAAACAUCACUGCUCUAGAUGAGAUCUGCAUGGAGGAAUGGGCCAAAAUACCAGCAACAGUGUGUGAAAACCUUGAAGACUUACAGAAAACGUUUGACCUGUGUCAUUGCCAACAAAGGGUAUAUAACAAAGUAUUGAGAAACUUUUGUUAUUGACCAAAUACUUAUUUUCCACCAUAAUUUGCAAAUAAAUUCAUAAAAAAUCCUACAAUGUGAUUUUCUGGAUUUGUUUUCCUAAUUUUGUCUGUCAUAGUUGACGUGUACCUAUGAUGAAAAUGAAAGGCCUCAUCUUUUUAAGUGGGAGAACUUGCACAAUUGGUGGCUGACUAAAUACUUUUUUUCCCCACUGUAUCUAAUUUACACCCAUUUGCUUUGAUGUUCCAAAUUGAGCUCGGGUGUAUCCAAUUUCCUUUGAUCAUCCUUGACAUGUCACUACAACUUGAUUGGAGUCCACCGGUGGCCAAAUCAAUUUAGAAAGAAACACAGUGCAUGUCAGAGCAGAAACGAUACCAUGAAGCCCAAGGAACUGUCAGUAGUUCUCUGAGAUAUCUGGGGAAGGGUAUAAAACAAUUUCUAGAGUGUUGAAAGUUUUCUUUCACCACAGUGGUCACCAUCAUUGGGAAAAAUACAAUAAAUAUGGAACUACCCAGACUCUGCCUAGAGCUGGCCAGCCAACCAAACUGAGCAACCGGGCGAGGAGGACCUUGGUCACGGAGGUGACCAAAAACCCAAUGACCACUCUGACAGAACUACAGAGUUCCUUGGCUGAGAUGGGAUAACCUGCCUGAAGGACAAGUCUCUACAGCACUUCACUAAUCUGGGCUUUAUGGGAGAGUGGCCAGAUGUGAGAAAAAGGCACAUGACAGCAAGCCUGGAGUUUGCAAAAAGGCACGUGAAUGACUCCGAGCAUAAGGCAAAAGAUUCUGUGGUCUGAUGAGACAAAUGUAACUCUUUGGCCUGAAUUCAAAGCGCUGUGUCUAGAGAGAACCAGGCACAGCUCAUCACCCGUCUAACACCAGCCCUACCGUGACGCAUUGUGGCGGCAGCAUGGGGAUGCUUUUCAGAAGCAGAGACUGGUAGGGAUAGAGGGAAUGGAGCCAAUUACAGAAAAAUCCUUUAAGAACCUGCUUCAGAGUGCAAACAACCUUAGAUUGGGGGGCGAAGAUUUGCGUUACAACAGGACAAUGACUCCGAGUGGCGCAGCGGUCUAAGGCACUGCAUCUCAGUGCUAGAGGCGUCACUACAGACCCUGGUUCAAUUCCAGGCUGUAUCACAAUCCGGCCGUGAUUGGGAGUCCCAUAUGGCGGUGCACAAUUGGCCCAGCAUCGUCCGGGUUUGGCCGGGGUAGGCCGUCGUUGUAAAUAAGAAUUUGUUCUUAACUGACUUGCCUAGUUAAAUAAAGGUUAAAUUAAAAAAAUACAGCCAAAGCAACACUGGAAUGGCUUCAGAACAAGAAUGUGAAAGUCCAUGAGUGGCCCAUUUUGAAAAUCUGUGGAAACAGUUGAAGAUUGCUGUUCACCGCUGCUCCCAAUUUAAAUUAACAGAGAUUUAGAAAAUCUGCAAGGAAGAAUGGGAGAAAAUCCCCACAUCUAGAUGUACAAAGCUGAUAGACAUAUCCAAGGUGACUCAAUGCUGUAAUUGCCACCAAAGGUGCUUCUACAAAGUAUUGACUCAGCGGUGUGAAUACUUAUGUAAAUGAGAUUUCUGUAUUUCAUUUUCAAUACAUUUGUUAAAAUGUCUAAAUAUGUUUUCACUUUGUCAUUAUGGGGUAUUGUGUGUAGAUGGGUGAGAGAAAUAUAUUGAAUCCAUUUUGAAUUCAGGCUGUAACACAACAAAAUGUGGAAUAAGUCAAGGGGUAUGAAUACUUUCGGAAGGGACUGUAUCACAGAACCAGCACAUGAUUUGGAUAUUAUGAUGCUUGACAUAUGGACAGAUAUAUCAUUUUGUUUUGUGUUCUCUCAAAGGUACUUGCCUCCUGAGUGUUUUGUUGUUGGCAAAGAACCUCCAAAGAUCUCCAACAAGGUGGACGUGUGGUCUGUGGGCGUCAUCUUUUUCCAGUGUUUGUAUGGAAGAAAAGUAUGUGUUAGAGAACUGGCUUUAUCGACUUAUGAAAUAAGUGUCGUGAAAAUAAGUUAACUCGUCGCCUUAUUUCUCUUUCAGCCAUUUGGUCACAAUCAGUCUCAGCAGGAUAUCCUGCAGGAGAACACAAUUCUUAAAGCAACCGAAGUUCAGUUUCCUGUCAAGCCUGUUGCCAGUAAUGAAGCGAAGGUCCGUGGGAGAAGUUGUGUUCUGAAUGUUACCAUCUGACUGCAAUUGUGUCACUUCUAUUUAAUCUUCUUUAUAAUAUUUUGGGAUUGUUUUAUGAUUAAUCAAUUCCUGUAUAAACAUUGCUUUUGUUGAGACCUCUAGUGUUCAUUAUUGGUACAUACAGACAGACAUUAAAGCCCUUUUGAGAUGCAUUUCUGUCCAGCCAUAAAAAAAAGCGUCUUGCUCCAAUGUUUCAUUUUAAUUGGUGCUGUGUUUUGAAUUAUGUCUCCUUUAUUCCCCAAGGCCUUUAUAAGGCGCUGCUUGGCAUAUAGGAAGGAGGACCGGUUCGAUGUUCACCAGCUGGGAAGGGAUUCCUACCUGCUCCCUCACAUGAGGAGGUCCAGCUCUUCAGGGAAUCUGCAGCUGAGCGCUGGUGGCUCAGGACCUGCCUCCUCCAGCAUCAUCUCAUACUGAGGGCUGGCCGUGCACUGACUGACUGGCUGCCCCACGCCUGCAGAGCCCCCUCCCCCACAGGACCAGGUGUGUAGGAGAGGAGCUGCCUGCCAACCAGCGGUGUAUGGAAGGACAAGAGGUCCAUUGACAAUAAACCCCGCAGACUGAAUGGUGUGGAAUUUGGCCUUUGCCUGUACUGUGCUGGGUUUCAAAUGGGUGUUUACUAAAGACUUCUUAAUGAAUGGAUGUUUAAAAGAACAUGAGUAAAUUACCUUGUGAAGAUUGAAUAGAGCACUGCUACAGACAGUACCUUGAAUAUACAGUGGGGAGAACAAGUAUUUGAUACACUGCCGAUUUUGCAGGUUUUCCUACUUACAAAGAAUGUAGAGGUCUGUAAUUUUUAUCAUAGGUACACUUCAACUGUGAGAGAUGGAAUCUAAAACGAAAAUCCAGAAAAUCACAUUGUAUGAUUUUUAAGUAAUUAAUUUGCAUUUUAUUGCAUGACAUAAGUAUUUGAUACAUCAGAAAAGCAGAACUUAAUAUUUGGUACAGAAACCUUCGUUUGCAAUUACAGAGAUCAUACGUUUCCUGUAGGUCUUGACCAGGUUGUCACACACUGCAGCAGGGAUUUUGGCCCACUCCUCCAUACAGACCUUCUCCAGAUCCUUCAGGUUUCGGGGCUGUCGCUGGGCAAUACGGACUUUCAGCUCCCUCCAAAGAUUUUCUAUUGGGUUCAGGUCUGGAGACUGGCUAGGCCACUCCAGGACCUUGAGAUGCUUCUUACGGAGCCACUCCUUAGUUGCCCUGGCUGUGUGUUUCGGGUCGUUGUCAUGCUGGAAGACCCAGCCACGACCCAUCUUCAAUGCUCUUACUGAGGGAAGGAGGUUGUUGGCCAAGAUCUUGCGAUACAUGGCCCCAUCCAUCCUCCCCUCAAUACGGUGCAGUCGUCCUGUCCCAUUUGCAGAAAAGCAUCCCCAAAGAAUGAUGUUUCCACCUCCAUGCUUCACGGUUGGGAUGGUGUUCUUGGGGUUGUACUCAUCCUUCUUCCUCCAAACACGGCGAGUGGAGUUUAGACCAAAAAGCUCUAUUUUUGUCUCAUCAGACCACAUGACCUUCUCACAUUCCUCCUCUGGGUCAUCCAGAUGGUCAUGGCAAACUUCAGACGGGCCUGGACAUGCGCUGGCUUGAGCAGGGGGACCUUGCGUGUGCUGUAGGAUUUUAAUCCAUGACGGCGUAGUGUGUUACUAAUGGUUUUCUUUGAGACUGUGGUCCCAGCUCUCUUCAGGUCAUUGACCAGGUCCUGCUGUGUAGUUCUGAGCUGAUCCCUCACCCUCCUCAUGAUCAUUGAUGCCCCACGAGGUGAGAUCUUGCAUGGAGCCCCAGACCGAGGGUGAUUGACCGUCAUCUUGAACUUCUUCCAUUUUCUAAUAAUUGCGCCAACAGUUGUUGCCUUCUCACCAAGCUGCUUGCCUAUUGUCCUGUAGCCCAUCCCAGCCUUGUGCAGGUCUACAAUUUUAUCCCUGAUGUCCUUACACAGCUCUCUGGUCUUGGCCAUUGUGGAGAGGUUGGAGUCUGUUUGAGUGUGUGGACAGGUGUCGUUUAUACAGGUAACGAGUUCAAACAGGUACAGUUAAUACAGGUAAUGAGUGGAGAACAGGAGGGCUUCUUAAAGAAAAACUAACAGGUCUGUAACAGCCGGAAUUCUUACUGGUUGGUAGGUGAUCAAAUACUUAUGUCAUGCAAUAAAAUGCAAAUUAAUUACUUAAAAAUCAUACAAUGUGAUUUUCUGGAUUUUUGUUUUAGUUUCCGUCUCUCACAGUUGAAGUGUACCUAUGAUAAAAAUUACAGACCUCUACAUGCUUUGUAAGUAGGAAAACCUGCAAAAUCGGCAGUGUAUCAAAUACUUGUUCUCCCCACUGUAUGUGACUGGACACUUGUGAGUUUGGUUUGCUGGUGGAAACCUUACAGGACCUAAGGGAUACCUGGCAGCCCGCUGUUUAGAAUAAUUAACAUGGUCCUGCCAGGGUGAUUUAACUUCUAGGAGUUUCCUUAAGGAGCGGACAUUCAUCGUUUUUUGUAGGUCUACAAUGAUUUCACCAUCAUUUGGCCGUAUGUAUUAUAAUUUUUUUUUUUUUUUUAAAGUGUUGGGUUUUAUUUUGAGUUGUACAAUUAGCCAUGAGAAUGUAAUUUUUAGCACAUGUGGCAUCUGUCAUUUAGGCCCAGGCAGCAUACUAAUGUUGAAUGCACAAAAUAACCAAAUGUAGACAUAUCAAUGUACAAAAUCCUAUGCAGUAAGAUUUUAAAGAAUUCCUUAGAGUACAUGUAUAUUUGCUGUACAGAAGAUGAUUUUCAGAUUUCAAAUUGCAGCUGCACCAUUCUGUACAAAUGUUUAAAGGCCCAGUGCAGUCAA